CUGCGACGGUCGUGCUUUACGCUGGGUCUUUAUAUCGAGACAAACACAAAGAUGCCUUCGUGCGUUGUUAAAUCUUGCAGAAACAAUUCAAUGGACGUUAGAAAGGAUACUGGUGUUACAUUUCACAAAUUCCCUAAAGAUGUGAGUUGGAAACAUAAAUGGAUAAAAAUCGUUCGUGAGUGCAGAAGCCAAGAAUUGUGGGUACCCUCAAAAUUUAGUGUAGUAUGCUCUGUUCAUUUCGCAGAAGGUGACAUUUACACCACUCAAGGCGGCAAUCGACGUAUCACAAAAAACGCAGUACCUAAAUUGAAACUGUAUGAUAAAAUACCUAAAAAGAAAAAUUAUGAUUAUCAUCCUACAGUUGAGACAGUUAGCGUAUCUGUUCAAACUGCAUAUGUUGGUCCUGGUGAUGAUGGAACUGGUGAUAAUGAAAUGAUAACUGGUGAUCGAGUCGAAGCGACUGAUGAUCGCAUUGAGAAUGUUAUUAUUAAAGUGGAACCAACAGAAAUGAUAGAAGAAACUGCUGAAAUGGACACACAAACUGGUCAGAUUCAUGAUGUUAUUGUUAAAGUAGAACCUAAAGAACCACUCGUAGCACCGUCAUGCAUUGAAAUAUCAAUUGAUCCAUUAGCUCCCAAACAAGAGCCUGACGAUGAUAUGGGUUUACUGGAUGAUUCGUCUAAUUAUAAACAGGAGAUAAAGAGAAAGAAUGAUCAAUUAAAACUAUGUCGAACGAAAAUUAAAAUACUACAUCAAAAAGUACACAGAUAUCAAAGGAGGAAUCUGAAACUGAAAAAUAUUUUGAAGGAAAUUAGACAGAAGAAAUUGAUUGAUAAAGAUGUUUUCAGACAACUAACUGCUUGUUUAGUUAAGAACGAUGAACAGGAAAAUAACGACGACUGAUUUCUGAAGUGAAAAGCAAGUAAAGGCGUCAUGUUAACAAAACAAAUUAAAACAAUAGUGAUAAAAUAAAAUUUUGUAUAGAAGCAGGCGUUAUUGUACCGAAGUCCAUGAUAUACAAGGAACCAAAAGCUUAAUUCGCUACUUAUAAGUACUACCUACAAGUACUGCUGUCAGCACCUUACAAGCACCUUACAAUAAAAAAAAAAGGCAGAUUACAGCAAAUUAAGCUUGGUUAAUUGUAUAAAACUUUCGAAUUGCUAUAUUUUGGUUACAAAAGUUCUAGCAAAUUUUUUUGUACUGAAUCUUGCUAGAUAGGCUGAUUAGCGUUCUUGGCCCCAUU